UCUUCAUGUACAUGUUCCUCGCUGGACUUGGUCUACUCGUCAUUGUUGGCCUGCAUCAGUUACUAGAGUCUAGGAAGAGGAAAAGACCAGUACAGAAAGUAGAAAUGGGAACAUCAAAUCAGAAUGAUGUUGAUAUGAGCUGGAUUCCCCAAGAGACUUUAAAUCAAAUAAUGCAGAGUAGAAGAGAUAAAGCUUCACCGAGGAGGUUGCCCUACAAGAGGGCGCAGAAGAGAUCAGCGGGCUCUGAUGAGUAAAUGUUAACUAGUACAACAGUUGAACCUUUACUAAUCCUGCCUGUUUGGGUUUUUUGGAUUGGAGUAGUGCAGAGAAUCCAUAUCACCAUAAGGAAAAUACUGCUAAACAUUUGGACUGAACAGAUUAACUGAAUGGUGUUAAUAUUACUGAAAAUGCACUUCUCUUUGGGGUUUUUUUUUGUUAAUUGUGGGGGAGAGGGAGGGGGGAGGAGGGGAGGUAGCCAUUAAGACUCGUGCCUGCGUGUGUAAGCAGUUGGUCUUAACAGAAUUAUGUUACCUGAAAUGUGCCUUUAGAGUUCUUUUGUGAUGCUGGCUUGUCAUCUCUACCCUGUUUUUGAAGGAUUUUUCUCCUCCCCUUAAUCUGAAUGUGUAGUGACUUAAUCUGUCUUGAUUGUAUCCUGUCUGUAUCAGAAUCUGUAUGUAUUUUUCUUUUUCAGUACGUAACUUUAUUCUCUACAGCGUGCACACACUGCAGUUUGUGUGUGUGGUCCUG